AUGAGAAUGAAGCAGAAGAUGCCUAACGCUACUCCGGUGGUGAUGGUCACAUCGACGGCGAUGUGGUAUUCGGAGCAUCUGGUCCACGCCAUGCUGUCGCUCCUGGUCUACUUAGCGGCCCUGACGGGAAAUCGCCUCCACGUCGCUGUCAUCAUGAACCGAGGGCCCUCUGGGAAGAUGGCCAACGCCUCGUGGCUCAGCGGGGGGCUGAACGGAGGCAUCCACACCGCCGUGACUUUCUCCCUCCUCUUAUGUGACACCACCGCUAUCCGUCAGUUCUUCUGUGACAUCCCUCCCUUUAUCCGGCUCUCCUGUUCCAGACGCUACAGGGAUGAGAUCGCCGUUCUGGGCCCCAGAGGGUUUCUGUCCCUCGUUUGUUUCAUCUCGAUCGUGGCCUUGUACACACACAUCUUCAGGGCAGUGCUGAGGAUGCCGACCAUAGAGGGCCGGGCCAAAGCCUUCUCCACCUGCCUGCCUCACCUCAGCAUCGUCAUCUUGUUUCUCUCUACUGCUUCCUUUGCCCAGCUCAAGCCUCCUUCAGUCUCCUUCUCGACACUGGAUCUACUGGUGUCCGUGUUCUACACCGUGGCGCCCCCUGCUCUGAGCCCCCUCAUCUAUGGCCUGAGGAACCGGGACAUGAAGGCCGCCCUGGGGAGGGUCCUGAGAUGGAAAUUUUUCACAUAG